AAACAAGGUUUUGAUAAGUGAGCAUAGGCAGGGGAUUGGUUGACACUGGGCUUGGGGUCUUUGUGCACCUGCUGCUUGGUUUCUGGGCAGUGUUGUGUCUGGUUUGGCUCAGGCUCAGUUAGGGUGUUGAGGCCUUGGUGAUGUGCUGCUGUAUUUAUGGCGUUGGAGCAGGGUUCCCUACUGAUUUAGGGUCAUUUUUCAUUUUGCUGAUUUUUCUCUCUGCUGUGGGUCUUGUGCUCUGUUCAUGCGACUGUUCACGUGUAUGGCGUUUCUCUGCUGCUAUUGCUUUCUGUCCAGCUGGUCCUCUUCUGUUUGGAUCCUGUUCAGCUGGUCUGCUGGGGAGUGAUGGUGGCCUUUCUGGUCCAUUGGCAUUCAUUGAUGGUUGCUGCUGGAUCAGUCCAGCUUUUCUCCUUGGUUGCUGUUUUUUGAUGGCCACUCUCUCCCCAAUACUAUGUCUUUGAGGUUAUUCACAUGGUUUCAGCUGGAUGCAUUAUUCAAGUGCCUCUCAGAUGGUUCUCUCUCGGCUGCUUUUAUGGCAUACUGUCCCAUACAUCUUGAGCUGUUUUUCAGCUUUUUCUGCGCCUUCAGCUGGAUUGCUCCCCAAUUUGCUGCUGUUUGCCACUGUUCACGUGACUGUGCACGUGAACAGUCAGGUUGCUGUCCCAGGUUUUUUUGGUUCUCUGCGGGCUCUUUAAAGGUUCCUCAGCUGGUUUUCCUCGGGUCCCUUUCACUUUCGCCUCUCAGCUGGUCCUCUCAUGCUGCUGGUUUGAUGGUUCUCAUUGCAGUCAGUUGGAGCCUUUAUUCUCAGCUGGUCUUUACGGGACUCCACCUGUUCUCCCUGGUUCUUUUCAGCUGGUCUUCCUCCAGUUAGCUUACUAUUUUUAGCUUUAUGGUCUGGCUGCUUUGAUGCCUGUUAGUCUUUCAAUGUUAGGGGCAGUUUGGCUCUGUUCAGCUGGUCUCCAGCUGGAUUCCCAGCUGGAUUUAAUGUUUUUCAGCUGGUCUUCAGCUGCUCAUUUUGCUAUUUUAUUUUGAAGGUUUAAAGCCAACUUUGGCUUCCAUGUUCUGUUUAAUGCUCUGCUUUUUGCUUCUUGUAAUCUUGGUUCUUAUCUAUAAAAUUUUCUCUUUAUUU